AUGUCUCGCUACAUCACUAUAUUGCUGCUCAUACUUUCAUCUUGUCUUAGUACUAGUGGGGCAGUAGUGGACCAGGAAGAUGCUCUCACGGUGAAUGAGCAUCAUGCGAUGGACGAGUUCGACCUUGCUUCCCUCCUGACCGCACACACUCCCAAACAAGAUACUAUACUUCAAGAAGCUCUUAUACUCCUCGAUUCAAUGAAGCUCUCUCCGUCCUGCAAUCGGAUCGCAGUCUCUGAACUCGUCUCAUCCUGCCAGUCAAUCGGAGGCAGAGCCGAGAAACCAGACAAAGAUAUAUACCUAACCCUGGAGCACGUCCGCUCGCUCUACGCCGCACGUCUGGCGAUCUGCGAGCUCAAGGAAGCCAAGGCGACAAUACCUGACGCAUGCCUCCCGUUGAUGAUUGCGCCGCCGCAUAGAAGGGGGAUUCUCGGAUUCUCCCUCGGCGAGAAACUGCGCUUCAGCAGCCCAGAGCUUAUACAGAAGUCGCGCUUGGAGUCUUGUCUCCGGUCGCUGGAGACCCGGCCCCAGUGGUGGACCUCCUAUAGUAACAGUCGGCAGAAUGCGGUGGUCAUCUGCCAGGCGGCCAGGAGUGAGAUUGAGAAGGAGGAGCUCGUGAAGCUUCAUCGGGCGAUAGUGGAUAGCACACGCAAGCUUAACCGUGGGCUUCAGGAAGCGCUGAAGACGGCUACAGCUGACGCUGCCCGCCAGAAGGCUUUCAUGCAGGCGGUCGAAGGUAUGAGGAGCAGGCUGACGCAGGAGAUGGGGGAGACUGAGUCGCGCUUUAGUCAGACGAUUGAAAAGGCGCUGCAUAGCAUGGGAACGUAUAUCAAUUCGGUCAAAGAGUCUUUUGGGCCUGCGGUUGAGAUAAUGCAUCAACGGGCAACGAAUCUUGAAGAUAGAAUCCAGACUGCUACUGCUGGAGCUGAUGAGCUUAUUUCUGUCUUACGGGCCAUGCACGAGGAGAUUUCUGCGAGGAACACGGAAUCGGCAAUUGCGCAGCAGCGAGACGUGGAGGCUAGUAGAGAACUAGCACUGUCUCUCCAGACAAGUCUAAGGGCACUUGGGCAGGAUGACUUGCAAAGACUCGUGCAGACUGUGCAAGGCUUCGAUGCUUCCCUGCGCCUACCGGGCCUCGAAACGGCACUCCAAGAAUCUCAAGAGAGGGCUGAACAGUUGCACCAGGUUCAACUUCAGCAGUAUGAAGCUCUGAAAGAAACCUCUCGGUUACACGAGCAAAGCCAGAUCCGCAUGAAUGGAACGUUGGCAAACCUCGACCGCGCAGCUGUGGCAGCAGCGAACUUGCUCAUGACUAUUGAUCGGACCGGAUCCAGAUACAGACUGGACCUUGCAUUGAAAAUGCUUCUUGACCUCGUCUGGCCUAUUUUUUCGGCCAUGGGCUAA